CUGGCCCGCGAACAGGCGUUGGUUAUCUCCCGACAGGUUAUCCGCAACUCGGCCAAUGCCAUCCGCGCGGUGCAUCGCAACGACUUUUCCGAGGCCUCGCGUCUGAUUUUGGAAGCAUCCGGACUGUUGACGGAAACCGACAGGAUUCGCACAGACAAUCCCGAGAUUUACUACGCCGGUUUCCUAUCUGACGCCCGCAAGGAAUUCACGGAAGCUAACAUAACGCUAGCGGUUAUUUCGGGCGGCGAUAUCCCCGAUUCCGAAAAGCUGGGAGUCGAUCCGCCGGCGUAUCUCAACGGCAUGGCAGAAGUGAUCGGAGAACUCCGGCGUUACAUCCUGGACUCCCUGCGCAGCGACGACAUUGGCCGUUGUGAAGAGUUCAUGGAACUGAUGGAUGAGAUUUACGGGAUUCUGGUAACCGUCGACUUUCCCCGAGGCCGUAACCGGCGGAUUGCGCCGCAGCACCGAUGCCAUGCGGGGAGUGCUGGAACGAACCCGCGGCGACCUGACCAUCUCUUGCAGCAGCGUCGCCUGGAGCAACGUCUCGCCGAGCGCGAGCGAUAG